AUGAACAGAUCAAUACGACUACUUACAAGACACAACAUCACUUCACUCAGACCACUCCUGCGGCUACUUUCACAGACUUCCUCAUCCCUCCCGAAACUCCCCAAAACAUCCACCACCAAGACCACCACCCCUAAACGACCCCAAGCAGAAUCCUUUAAUGACCUAUUCAUCCAAAAAACCCUCUCAUCGACAAAAUACAGCGACAUCGACUUUGUCCGCGUGACAAUCUUCAACUCCCAAGGAGAAAUGACCCACCAUGGAAAAGCCAUCAAAAAAUCCGAAUUCAUGAAGCAACACAAUCUCGUUCCCCGUGAUUUCAGAAAAAUAUCCAGACAUCAUCAUCGAAAUACAAAUGAUACAAAUAUAGAUAUCGUCCCCUCCAUAGUCACAAGACAAGAAAGCAUUUUAUUAAAUUUAUUAAACAUCCGAGCGUUGAUUAAAUCAGACAUGGUUGCCAUAUUUGACACCUCAGGUUCAUCCUCCACCACCACCGGAGGCGGCGAGACACGCAUACAUGAAUCAUAUUCCCAAGCUACAUUUCUCAAAGACAUGGAAGAACGACUCAAACAACCCUCCCCCUCCACCACCAGUCUCACCCAACUUCCAUAUGAAUUCCGCGCCUUGGAAGCCAUUCUCGUGAAUGUAAUCUCCAACCUCACCACCGAAAUGAAAGUCCACCAGACCGUUCUCCAAAACAUCCUCUCCGGGCUCGAUGAGUCUAUAGAACGGUAUAAACUUCGAUAUCUCCUAAUCCAAUCCAAAAAAACCGCCCAAUUCCAACAAAAAGUCACACUUAUCAGAAAUCUUCUCGAAGAUUUAAUGGAACAACAAGAUGACGAAUUGAAUGAGUUAUAUCUUAGCGAUAAAGCCCAGGGCACACCCCGGACAGGACCCAAUCAUGCUGAAGUGGAGAUGUUGUUGGAAUCAUACUAUAAGACCGCGGAUGAGAUUGUUCAGACGGUUGAGAAUUUGAAAUCUCAGAUUAAGACCACCGAAGAGAUUAUUAAUAUUGUUUUGGAUUCAAAUCGGAAUGAAUUGAUGUUGUUGGGGUUGAAGUAUUCGACCGGGUUGAUGUCGAUGGGGAUUUUGUUAUAUAUUGCGGCAUUGUAUGGAAUGAAUCUUGAGAAUUUUAUUGAGGAGACAAAUGGGGGGUUUGAGAUUGUGGUGGUGGGAUCGACAAUUGCAUUAGUGGUGUUGUUGAGAAUUGGAGUGAAGUCGUUGAAGAAGUUGGAAAAGAUUACAAUGUCGAGUCUUUCUGGUGGUGAAAAUGGUGGAAGAAGACUACAUUAA